CUCUGGCUGCUUCUCUCAAUUCUUCUCUUCUUCUUAUCAUUUUCUUUUUUCCAUACUGGUUCCUACUUCUUUUACCUAUUCUUCUCUUCCAAUGGCCAGAGUUUCCUCCUCUGUCUCUCUUGUUUCCUUGCUUAUUCUUUUAUUCAUCUCAGGGAUUUCUGGGGUAUCAUUCACUCUAAGAAACAAUUGCGGAUACACAGUAUGGCCAGGGAUUCUCUCUGGAGCUGGAACGGCACCCCUUUCUACCACAGGUUUCGUACUUCAAACAGGCGAGUCAAAUUCACUCUCCGUACCGGUUGGGUGGUCCGGCCGGUUAUGGGGUCGGACCCUAUGUAGCCAAGAUUCCACUGGUCAGUUCUCAUGUGUCACCGGUGAUUGUGGGUCAGGGAAGAUAGAAUGCGCUGGAGGUGCUACACCACCUGCUACUCUCGCCGAGUUCACGCUUAACGGCGGAGGUGGGCUUGACUUCUAUGACGUCAGUUUGGUGGACGGUUACAACCUGCCCAUGCUAGUAGAACCCCAAAACGGUUCCGGUGGAAAUUGCAGCGUAACAGGGUGCGUGGUGGACCUUAACAGCGCGUGCCCAUCGGAGCUCAAGGUCACCAGCACAGAGAGCAGUGGGAGCGUAGCGUGUAAAAGCGCGUGCGAAGCGUUUGGUGAUCCACAGUAUUGCUGCAGCGGAGCCUAUGGAAACCCAAACACGUGCAAGCCAUCUUCAUAUUCUCAAUUCUUUAAGAAUGCUUGUCCUCAUGCCUACAGCUACGCCUACGAUGACGGCACUAGUACCUUCACCUGUGCUAACGCGAAUUACCUGAUCAGUUUUUGCCCCUCUUCUGCCUCUGGCACCAGCCGUACGUCGUCAGAAGGGAAGAAUCCACAGGCGGCAGAUGUACCGCCGGUGAAUGAUACGACGAUGAUAUACCUGGGUGGUCCAUACUUUAGCGGAGCGUCAUCAUCGCUAUCAAGGGGAAGUGGAAGUGGAAGAAGAUUGAUCAUCGCCGUCGCUGUUUUUGCAGCAAUUGGGCGGUUGUGGCUGCUGUUCUAACUUAUCAUCAUCAUCAUAUUCUCAACUUUUCAGAAGAUACUUUCAAACCAACACACAUUCACACACAUAUACACGCUAACGCUAACUCUAGCGGAAGGCAG